AUGACACAGCCUCGAGUCAUUCGAUGGGGCAUCAUUGCAACCGGGUAUAUCGCCCGAACAUUUGCAAAAGAUCUCCUAGUUGACCCACGGACUCGCGGGGUCGUGGACAUUCGACACUCAGUUGUCGCGGUGGCCAGCUCUUCAUCCCAACAAAAAGCUCAGGAUUUCAUUGACGAUAUCCUGGGACCGGGCCACGAGCAAAAGGAGCCGUGCACAGCAUACGGCAGCUAUGAUGCGCUCCUCCAAGACGCCGCGGUCGACAUCGUCUAUGUUGCGACACCACACUCUCAUCACUUCCAGGUGUGCAUGCUAUGCUUGCAGAAGGGCAAGGCGGUGCUGUGUGAGAAGCCAUUGGUGGUGAAUGCCGCGCAGGCGCUUGCGCUGCAGAAACAGGCGCUGCGGCACCAGACUUUCCUCAUGGAGGCCUUGUGGACGCGCUGCCUGCCUAUCAGCAAGACGCUCCGCAACUACGUCCUGGACGGCGCCGUCGGGGAGAUUCUUCGCGUGUCCGCUGACCUUUCCAUCGGUGUGGUGCCCGAAGACGUUUUUGACCCCUCCCAUCGCAUGGUGAACAAGGACCUGGCUGGCGGUGCGCUUCUCGAUCUGGGCAUUUACAAUCUGUCCUGGAUCUUCUAUGUGCUCUACAACCUCCGGCCACCGGGCCAGAGGGUGAUCCCUCGUGUUAUGGGCUCUGCCAUGACUCUGGAUGCUCGCACAGGCGUGGACGAGGCCACCACCGUCCUGCUCGACUUCCCUCCCCCUACUGCUGUACAAGACCAACACGCGGCUCAUGCAAUCAUGACUACCGCCUUCCGUGUCGACAGCAGCGUCGACUCGACGGACCAGGCAGCCCCAACCGUCAGGCUGCAGGGUACUCGUGGCGAGAUUCUGCUGUACGGGCCCAUUUACUGUCCACAUCGGCUGAGGGUGGUUCGGAAAGAACAAGGACCUGCUUCCGUUGAGCAGCAUGACUUUCCCAUCCCUGAUGGCAUCAAAGGCAUGAUGUACGAGGCCGAUGAGGCAGCUCGGUGUUGGGUCGAUGGAAAACUUGAGAGCGACGUCAUGCCCUGGCACGAGAGUCUGGCCAUCUGUCAAAUCAUGGAUGAAGUUAGACUUCGUUCCAAUCUGACAUACCCUGACUCGGUGGAAACGACCGUUUAUCACGGCCAAGUGGAUUGA